AUGACCGAGAUUGCUAUUGAAGACGAGCGUGACUCUAAACAACCGCCAGAAUCCAAAUCUGAGGAGGAUGCCGAUGAGAAUCCGCCGCCGCCAACCCAGUCCUCCCGACUUAAACGCAUUGCCUUCCUCAUUUUUGUCGGAUUCUUCUUCUGGCUGGCCUACGCUGCACGCCAGCGACACUUGGCGAGGCAGAAAAAGAUCGUGUAUGCUACCAGGUAUUCGAACGAGUUCAAGUUCAGGCCGGCCGCGAGUCCUAUCAUCACGGAGACGCUGAAGGGCGGCGGGACGAGGCUUAGGGGAGCGAAUCCCACUGCUACUUCGAGGACCACUCCGACACCGACACCGGAGAAGAAGAGGAGAAGGAGAAGGUCGAAGAGGAAUGCGCAGGCCAUGGCGAAGGCUGCGAACAAGUAG